AUGCCCAGCCGCGGAGUUUACAUCCUCGCAGACGCAAAGAACACACACAACUUAGCAGAGGAGGUCCCCACAGGCCAAUUCGGACGGGUAAUUUUAGAUGGCCAACACGAGACCCGGCACGGAUUUGCCGACCUGGCUGGCGAGGCUGCUCUCCCACACGGAUGGGCAAUGGAGAGGAGUGAUUGCCGCGGCGAUUUCCGACUUCCCGGCGGUGGCGGCGGCGGAGCCAAUUCGGGUGACGGUGAGAGAAGUGUUGAAGUACUCUCGGACCUGGGUAAUUAUCCCAUCACUCACGGUCCAAGCGUGAACCCAGUUGAUGUUUCGGGUCUUAUCCCAGCCCUCGACGAGAACGGUGGGUCCGAAUGCGGCGACGGAUUCGGGGACGAAAAUGAACGAGUCUUUGUCAGUGCCGGUCAGGAGGCGCAUCAGAAACUGGUGAGACGGCGGACCAUGGAACCACCACUCUAG